UGCACUUUUUUAUUUUUUUGUUACUAUACGCAAUAAAACAUUGCACGUUUCAAAAGGUAUGUUGUGAUUUAAUAAGAAGUGUAAUACAGUAUAAGCAGCACAUAAGGCAAGCAACAGAAUUUAACAAAAACAUUGUGGACUUGAUUGAUGAAUCUUGAGUGAUGUAAUUUGUAGAAAAAAUAUUUUUGCAGCCCGUGGAAGAUUUUUUAAAUCACUAUAGCCCACAGAAAUCCACUGGGAAGAUGAAGAGCUGGUUUGAAAAACUAAACGGCGAAUAUUUGCAGUCAACCAACCAUUUGUUUUUUUUUCACCAUGAGCAAUUAAAAAGGCAAUUUGUUUUGGUCCUCCCUGUUGAAGGCCUUGGAUGACCUUUACAGUUAUUUUUUAUUCUUACUUUUUUACGCAUUUGAAAGCAAGGAAAAUGGUGUAAUGAAUUAAAAAAAAAAAAAAAAAAAAAAUCUACAAUGUACUUCUUUAAUGAAAGGGUGACUGCUCCAAUCACUGAUGUGACUCAUUAUCUACAACAUGCUGUAUGGAAAUUAAAGCUUUAACGAGUAGCCACGUUUGACCCAUGACCUGCCUGGCAACAGGCUGAGUCACUACUGGAGAGUGGGAAGGGCCGCAGAGAUCAAGAAAAAAAAAAGAGAGGGAGGAGAGAGCCUGAGAAGCAGAGCUGGUCGUCCGCAGAGGAGUGUUUCUCUGAGCUCGGGGCUCAGAGGGGAGCCAAAAUGAGCGAUGUUACCAUUGUUAAGGAAGGCUGGGUGCAGAAAAGGGGAGAGUAUAUAAAAAACUGGAGACCAAGAUACUUCCUUCUGAAAACUGACGGCUCUUUCAUAGGCUAUAAGGAAAAGCCUCAAGAUGCAGACCUACCUUACCCAUUGAACAACUUUUCAGUGGCAAAAUGCCAGUUAAUGAAAACAGAACGACCAAAGCCGAACACAUUCAUCAUCAGGUGUCUACAGUGGACCACUGUCAUAGAAAGGACUUUUCAUGUCGACACUCCAGAGGAAAGGGAGGAGUGGAUGGAGGCUAUCCAGACAGUAGCAGACAGACUCCAAAGACAGGAAGAGGAGCGGAUGAACUGCAGUCCCACCUCCCAGAUAGACAACAUAGGAGAGGAGGAGAUGGACACUUCCACUAGCUACCUGAAACGGAAGACAAUGAAUGACUUUGACUACUUAAAGCUCCUGGGCAAAGGCACUUUCGGUAAAGUCAUACUUGUAAGGGAGAAGGCAAGUGGUAAAUAUUAUGCAAUGAAGAUUUUGAAGAAAGAAGUCAUUAUUGCAAAGGAUGAAGUGGCUCAUACACUUACAGAGAGCAGAGUACUAAAAAAUACUAGGCACCCAUUUUUAACUUCCUUGAAGUAUUCUUUUCAAACUAAGGAUCGGUUGUGCUUUGUGAUGGAGUAUGUCAAUGGAGGCGAGCUGUUUUUCCAUUUGUCGAGAGAGAGGGUGUUCUCCGAGGACCGCACACGCUUUUAUGGGGCUGAGAUCGUCUCCGCUCUCGACUAUCUACACUCCGCCAAGAUUGUGUACCGGGAUCUCAAGCUGGAAAAUUUAAUGCUAGAUAAAGACGGCCACAUCAAAAUCACAGACUUUGGACUUUGCAAAGAAGGAAUCACUGAUGCUGCUACCAUGAAGACAUUCUGUGGUACACCAGAAUAUCUGGCUCCAGAGGUGCUGGAAGAUAAUGACUAUGGACGUGCGGUAGACUGGUGGGGCUUGGGUGUUGUCAUGUAUGAAAUGAUGUGUGGACGACUGCCCUUCUAUAACCAGGACCACGAGAAGCUCUUCGAACUUAUUCUUAUGGAGGACAUCAAAUUCCCCAGAACCCUCUCUUCUGAUGCAAAAUCCCUACUUUCAGGGCUCCUCAUAAAAGAUCCAAAUAAAAGACUUGGUGGUGGUCCUGACGAUGCAAAAGAAAUCAUGCGGCACAGUUUUUUUGUUGGACUAAACUGGCAAGAUGUGUAUGAUAAAAAGCUUAUACCUCCAUUUAAGCCUCAGGUGUCCUCUGAGACAGACACAAGGUAUUUUGAUGAAGAAUUUACAGCACAGACGAUUACAAUAACUCCUCCAGAAAAAUUCGAUGAAGACGGAAUGGACUGCAUGGAUAAUGAGCGGCGGCCGCAUUUCCCCCAGUUUUCCUACUCUGCCAGUGGAAGGGAAUAGGAGUCCACUGCCAACUCUGUUCAAGGUUAUCACUGGAAACUGGUCCUUAGCAUUAACACCGGGUCCUGUCACUACUUCAGUACUUGAGUUUUGAGUUUUUCAAUUUGGUUUUCUUUUUGGCAGGAAAAAUCAUCAGGUGUGUUUUUUUUUUUUUUUUUUUUUCUCUGGGUGGGACCAGGGUGGUUACACAAAGAGCAGUGUCACUCUGAGGCCUCAAGCGUUGAUACCUCCUACUGUCUGGACAUUAUUGGCAACUGCAAAGAGCAAUUUUGUAUGUUUUGUUUGGUUCUUUUUUUUUUCUGAAAGCUGUUGAAAUUCCUGUUUGGGAAAGAAAAGAUUGUCUUGCAUGUAUGCUAUCAUUUAUUUGCAUUUCAGAUUGUUAAAAAAAAAAAAAAAUCAACAGCUAAUUUGAAAAAAAAGCCCUGAAUUGGAAAUAGUAAAAGGGGUACUUAUCCUUUUGAAGGCUGGGAGAACCCAUUCUGAGUUUUAAAUUAUAUACACUGCCAAUGGGAGUUAUUUUAUUUUAUUUGUAUUUGUACUAUGGUAUUUAUUUGGGCUGAUUAUAGCAAGCACAGUAUUUUUUUCCUUUGGUUAUGAAUUUAUCCUGUGUUUUUUGUUAGACAUAUCAUUGCUAGAUGAAGCAGUAGUGCGUUAUUGUUUUAAUAACUGACUGACAAAAAAUGACAACAUACAAAACAAUUGUAAUUAUGUCAGUUUAAAGUAUAUGGAUUCUAACUACUGCUGAUACUCCAUUCUGUUAGCAAGAGUAGCUGGCAGCUCCACAGGAUGUAUAAACACUUACAACCAUAGUAAGCUGUGGGAAGAGUGGGGAAAGGCACUGUAAAAAAACUAAAACUGAUUUUUGAAAGAUAAAAAGGGUUUUGAAAUAGGAUUUAUUGUGUUUGCUUUUAGUUUAUUUUGUUUUUUAAAUGUAUUAUUUUUAUUAUUAAUGUCUAGUUGUUUGUUCUGGGUCAAAAGGCACCUCUGAUAGCUGAAGAAUGUAGACCGGCGUAAUGCUAAGGACUUCUAUAUUUUGUUGUUGUUUUUUUUUCCCGUUUGAUUACCAAAAUAUAGGGGGAAAACCCUACAGCCGAUUACUUCAAAGUCCUCUCUUUACCGUUGUAGUAUUUAUUUUUAAUAUUGAGAAAUGUUGUAUGUGUUUUGGCAGGCUUCUGCUGUUUUUUGUUUUUUACUGCAGGUUUUUCAAUAUUGAGAUUUGGCGGAAAAAUUAAAACACUUGAUUUGUUAAAACAGUAAAAGGGCUGUACAAGCUGGCAAUCCUUCAAAAAAAGAAAAAAGCACUUUUGGUUGGCCUUUUUACAUUUAUAAAACUGGGCUGGCCAAUCUGAAGUUUAUAUGUAAAUACUGUAGCAUGACACUGAUGAGGCUGGUUAUUAAGAAUGUUUAGUACACACCAUUCCUAAUUUAAAGCUCUCAACUGUAGAGCUUUCGCUGCUGCAGGAUUAGUCAGAUUUGGCUUUUCUAUUGUAUAUGGGGCUGAGGUAGAUGUAUAGGUCCUUUUGAAGGCUUAGCAUCCCAAUGACAAUGUUUUAUCAGGUUUAGUACCAGCUAGGUAUUGGGGUUGUUGGAAGUAGGAGAAAUGUCAAGCAUACUUACUGUUUAUCCAAUUAUGGUUAUUACAUAUGUGCUUGCAUUUAAGGCCCUUCAGACCCUGCAGAAUAACCACUUGCUUUCAGAGCUGAGACACUUGCUACUAAAGUGACCAAAAAAUAACUAAAAUUAAGUUGUCUAUAUAGUAUAUUCGGGUAAGAGAGCUGGGAUGAGCUAGGAGUCACCAAGGCAAGAGAUUUUAGUUCAAGCCCCAGCUCAAAGUCAUUGUCUCUUCCUGCCUCAGACCCCCAGAAGAAGGCAUGAUGUCAAACUGAGUGCAAGCAAGACCAUUACCUCCAAGAUACUGUACAGCAUUUCAGGUGUUUAUUUUCCCCAUUGUAUUAGUUAAAACAAAAGGGCAAAUAUAUAUGUUGAAACAUGGUGAAUUCAUUGAAAAA